CCAAUCACAAGCGUGUUACAUCGACAGUAGCAGAAUUCGAAUGUUGUUGUCAGGAGUGUCCGAGUGACCGAGGGGUUAUUUUACCCAUUUUUAUUCCGUUUUAUCGACUCAUUGCGCAGUUUAUGAGAAUUACAUGAAUUCAUCAGAGAUUAUAGAUGAUGGGGAGAAAUGUAUACAGAAGUUGUUGUGGCGUCUUCGUCACGAGGAUGCCACACAGUACAACACCCUUGUCAAGAUGCACUUGUCCUUCGCCACAGACCUUCCCACAGACCAAAUUGCUGUACACAUUCACAGGUGUGAUGGGCGAGAGCAGCCCUCAGGGAGAAGAUGGCACCUAACGCCCUUAAUACGCCGCCUGGGUCGAUCUGGCAAUGGCAGAGGAGUGAUGGAAGGGGCACCACUUACCCAGGAAGGUGUCUGCCAAGCUUUCCAGUUAAUACAUUACCUCAACAAAGACUAUAACAUCACGCAAGAAGGGCUGUUUCGUAAGAGUGGAAGUUUGACUCGGCAGCAAGAAUUGAAAAAUCUUCUCAAUUCUGGUGGUGAUCUCAACUUAGACUAUGGGGUCUACUCUGCUCAUGACUGUGCCUCUGUCCUCAAAAGUUUCCUGGCUGACCUACCUGAACCUCUGCUGACAGAAGCACACUACUCAAUCCAUUGUAAAAUUGCAGAAAUGCACCAAUCACAUAUGAGUCAAGAACAAAAGGAGGCAGCACAAAGUCGUCAGAUUAAGGCCCUUCGUCUCCUGUUCCUGCUUCUUCCGUCAGAAAAUUAUCAGCUGUUGCAGGACCUCCUCAUUUUGCUCAACCGAGUUGCAGCGCACAAGGAGCAAAAUCUAAUGUCAGCCAUCAAUCUUGGAACGAUGUUUGCUCCUCACAUUUUGUGUCCAAGAAAAAUGGCUCCCAAUGACUUGCAAUAUCUCUCAGGCACCCUAAGCACGUCUGUUGCCUUCAUGAUAGAAAACCAACCACAGCUCUUCAAGGUACCCCUAGAACUGGAGUAUGAUGUACGCCAGUACUGGAACAACAAAAAGAAAAUGAAGCACCAGUUAUCAAAGCGGUCAAUGAUGGAUGCCCCAACCAACACCAUAUUCACUUUCAUCGACCGUGAACUGACUGCACAGGCCAAUGACAAAGAUGUUACUGAGGUGGCUCUUGCUGAGCUCUAUGCCUAUGUGCAGUCCCUUCCAGACUCUGCCAAAAAGCGUAGAUUAAUCAAGCAAUUUAACCAUGCAAGUGGUUCAGGCACUCCACAGUUAAACCAAAGUUUUCUAAAGAGGCAAGAGGCUCGUGGGAAGCGGCUGGGAGACUCCAUAAAGAAACAUCUUUUCCACAAGAAUGUCAAAAAUACCAAGAAUAAGUCCCAGCCAUUUUCCUCGGUUGGCUCUGUGAGAGUUAAACGAACCAACAGCGAAGACUUGCUUAGUAGCCCCUCCACCAGAUCCCCAGAGCUGCGUAUGUUCCGUCGCAAUGCCGACACUGGCACACCAGAUCGGUUAAGAGCCAAGUCCUUAGAUGAUUUGUCCUCACCCAGUAAUGAAUACCUCUCGUCUGGGAAGAACCAAAUGAUCAUUCACCCUGCCUUCCUUACUAAAACCCAUCGUUUGGGCUCUAAAAAACCCUUAUCCAUUUCCCUACGAGGGGACUUUAUCAAGGAGCGACACUAUUCUGCCUCCUCAGACCAAGAUUCAGCCAGUGAGCCCCUCUCUCCCCUUCCCCUUGCAUCUUUUUCCUUUGAGUCAAGCUACGAUAACCUAGAAGGAACGCGAGAGGCAGACCAGUCUUCCAUGGAUAACACAAUGGAAGCGUUCUCUCAGUCCAACCUGAUCUUCCCCCCUGGUGUUUAUGAUGAAACAAAAGAGAAUGCUCCCCCCUGGGACAGCAUGCUUGCAUCUACCCCAGCUGCUGCAAAGCUGGAGGUUCACUCUCCCAUCUCGCAGGCUAUGUUGCAAGCCAGUAUCCCUCAGAAAGUGAUGAUGACUCCUCGUAGCCGCUGCCCUAUUAUUAUCAAUUCCACAACCAGUUUAUCAAAUGUGCCUAUUCCUGAAGAAAAAGACAGCCAAAAUACACCGGUAGCAGAUGUUUUGAGGACGAAAGAAAAUGUGGUUGAGGAUGAAACAAGCCACAAUUCACCAGUCAUCAUCAAUCCUACUGCCAAACUCAGUUCUCCAGUGCGACCCACCAAACCCCUUGCAGACUCGACCAACCUGAGCAUAAAUACCACUGACAGCGAAAUGAAUGAUCCAGAGUACAACAAAGGUAAGGCCAUCACAAACAGGAAAAAGAGAGAUUCAGAAGGUUCUUGUGAAAAUGAAGGGGAAACCAAGCUCAAGCGAUGGGGAUCAUCAACCCUGCGAAGAACAUUAAGCUCGGCCAGUUCCACAGGUUCCCUCUUUGGCAGCUUCUUUAGGCACUUAAGUACGUCUUCCUUAGCCCAGUUGGCCUCUCGACUCAGCUCAACAACCUCUCUCACCAAUCCUGAGGUUCAGGAAGAAGAGAAAUCUGAUGAAUCGGAAACUGAGGAAGAUGGUGAAAUGAAUGAGUCGUUAUCCAGUGUAUUUAAAGAUUAUCUCCUCAGUAGAAGUAUCCUGACUGAUAACCCUGUUGAUUUGUCAACUGACUGUUUAGAGAAAGGAAUUGAAGAAGAGGACAAAGUAGAAAUUCAAGAGAUUCCACAGACAACCGAUUCUAAUGAAGAAAAUAGUGAUGAUAAUCUAGUUGACUCCGCCUAUGGUGAAUCACAGCCCCCAAGUAAGAGUGUUUCACGUCAGUGCUCUAAAGCUUCUCUAGGCUCUGCUGACUCAGCCCUGGAUCUUUGUUCAAACAAAGAACUCUCUGAGUCUUUGUUAUUCUGUUUGGAUGGGAAUAAUCCACUUUCUCCAGCUACAGCAGUGAUUGAUAAGAGUAAAGAACAAUUACAGACCACAAAUGAAGGUAUAUUCACACCAGAUAGAGAUACAUCAGCAGAAGAACAAGUGGAAAGACUUCAUUCUUGCUCACCUGAGAGCAGGCGGCAGUCUAUUCUAAAAACAAAGCAAGGCACCCCUGUUCCACAGUGGGACAAAGUACACACAGACUCGGGAGGAAGUGCAAGAGGGGUCCUUUUUGAAACCUCCUUUUAAGACAAUACUCCAUUCAAGUAUAUGGAUUAAAGUAAUAUCCUGGAGUCAUCCUCAGUGAAAUUAAUAUUUUUCUGGUUAUUAUUUUAUCACAAGGUAAUAUAUUUGACACAAGUAAUGAAAUGGAACACACAAUUAGAUAUCCAUUCAGAGGAUUACUUGUCCAGACAGUAUUACAUAACUGAUAUAUUUUUAAUGGAUAAAGGUUCAAAUUGUUUUAUAGACCUUUUCCUUUUUAGAGUAAUUCCAACAGUUUUCUUCAACAAAUUGAACCCAAGUGAAUCAUACUUGUUAUUACUAUAUUAAGAAUCUCAGAGUUUGUACAAAUGCAAUGGAGAUAUGCCAUUCUUCAUAGUUUGUUAUGAAGAGAAAUGUUUAAAGACAUUCGUAACUUUAAUUUACCAUGUACAUACAAGAUUUUUUAAAAUGUAUUUGCUGAUAAAUUAUUAGUCCAAAGAUAAACAUACCUCCUGGAAUUUCUAUCAACACUUUUUUUUAUACUGUUCAGUUGCCCUUAAUAUACUCAUUUGUUAAUAUUUUCAUUUCUUCUUGUAUCUGUUUAGAGUAAGUAAAGUGUCUUCUGCCAAAGAUGUGAUAGACCCAACCAUUACAUUUGUUACUGUUUUACAUUAGGUCAUAUUUUUUCUUAGUAAACUGUCCGUGUAAGAGGAUUUUUCAUAGUUUUAUAAUAAGACAGAAGAAUAAACUUAGUGUAAUACUGAAGCCAA